UCGUCUUAGAAGCAGAAAGGACUCAAUAUGCACCCAAUAGUUUUAUGCAUUUUUCUUUUCGGCGUCGUGGCAGCUCUGCCGGUCGACCAGGUUGAUACAUUUGACAACCUUGAUGAUGAUUUCGAUGCUGAUUAUUAUCCCGAGGAAAACCCAGGGCUUUUCGAGGGUGAUAUUGUUCUACGAGGAGGUGAUAGCCCGACUCACAAGAAUGCCAUAAUUGGGAGCCGUCACCAUUGGCCAAAUGGAGUUGUUCCUUACACUGUCCAAUCUACCCAUGAUACUGCUUCUCAUAGGGCUAUUUUCAAGAAGGCCAUGGAUGAAAUCAUGACCAAAACGUUGGUCAACGGCCAGAGCUGCAUCACUUUCGUUCCCCGAACCAACGAGCACACAUACAUCCAGUUCUCUUCCGGUUCCGGCUGUCAUACACCUAUCGGAUACAUGAGUGGACACAGAUCAGACGUAACUCUUGGACGAGGAUGCUUACGUCACGGAACCGUCAUCCACGAGAUCUUGCACGCGCUCGGAUUCUGGCACGAGCAAAGCCGUGCUGAUCGUGACGAUUACGUAACCAUCAACUGGGACAACAUCCAACAUGGUCAUGAGAGUAACUUCAACAAGUAUGUGUUGGGCCGCACCAUUGAUCAUCUGGGUAUGCCCUACGACUAUGGCUCCGUCAUGCAUUACAGUGCUUACGCCUUCGCCAUCGACAGGAGCAAGAUGACCAUCGUCCCAAAACAUAGCGGUGUCACCAUCGGCCAACGAGUCCGACUAAGCGACCAAGAUGCCAAGGAGGUCCAGAUUUAUUACGGUUGUGUCGCCCGUCCCGAUACACACGCUACGGUUGUUCCACACCAAACGUCUGGCCAACACCAGACUUCCGCCCCGCACCACACUUCCGCUCCUGUCGCUACCCAUGCGCCUGUAAUCACACACAUUACAUCAGCACCCCAUCAUGUAACCAAUGGCGCUACGACAUGUAGUUUUGACAAUGGUCUCUGUGGAUGGACACAGUCAACAACUGAUACUAUGAACUGGUCAGUUGGUCAUGGUAAUACCCCUAGCAGUCACACUGGUCCUCAUGCUGACCACGACAACAGUGCUUCUGCUCACUACCUCUUCCUGGAAUCCUCUCGCCAUUUUCAUAAGUCAGCUGUCCUUACCUCACCUACUUAUCGUGCCGGAGAAUACUGCUUCCGGUUCUGGUACAACAUGAACGGAAGUGGCAUCGGAAGCUUGAAGAUGUACUUCGUACAUGGCUCUUCACGAGCCCUCAUGCGAACAAUCACUGGCAACCAUAACGAUAUCUGGCAUCAUGCCACUAUGCACCUGAGAAUCGGCGGUUCCUCAAGCUUCCACUUCGAGAUUGAAGGAACGACUGGAGGAGACUACCACGGAGAUUUGGCUAUUGAUGAUGUUCAAGUGACCCCUGGUCAAUGUACUCAUUAAAUAUGCUCAGAGUUUUCAUGUAUUCUUAUUUAUUUAAUAAUAAUAAUAAAAAAGAAAAAACAGUU